CUUUCUCUCGGAUUUUCUCGUUAUCUACGCAUUUUAUUCCAAUUGAAGGCGUGAUGCAUGCAAUUGCUAUAAGGGACAAGUCUAUACAUAUUUAAAAGGAGAAAAAUCAUUCGAUUCGAUUCGGCGAAACAAUGCACAAUAGAAACGCGAUUGUUAAAUGCUCAGUGCUGUCCGCUAUGGUCUCUAAACAAUAACGGUCGACGAAAGAUACGUCUUCGUUCCUGAGUCAAAGAUUAGGUUAGUUUUACUGAGUGAGCAACAUGGCGAAUAGAGAAGGAAAAGCAGAGGAUUUCCUCAUCGAGCAAGCAUCUAUUUUUGCAAUUCAAGUAUUUUGUUCGCACGCUUAGGAUCUUGCAGAUCUUACGUUAUUAUCAUACUUCUCUCGGUGGUUUGCUUACCGGCAUGUAACUUCCGGUAUUUAUACAAAUCCGCUAGCGCCAGGGCACUUUUGCUCGCGGUAAUUUUACACCGGGAGCCAAGUAAAAGCUAAUAUUUUAAUUUUUAUUAAUCAAAUCGGCAAAGCUCGUUAUUUCUCCGAUCAAGAUUGAUCGCCGUAACUCGUUCCCCAUAGCGGAGCACUAUAUUCGUUGAACAUAUUCAUUGGAGGCUUGAAAUUAAUUCAGUAAACAUUUACAUGUUCACUAAUUGUUCGGUAAAUGAGAUUCGAAAUACCAGAUAAUUGUAAUAUUAUGGUGAAUCUCAAUAAACGUGUGAAAAACUAAAACUCUGCUUGUUAACAGACAUGCUUGAGGUAUAGACAAAGCAUAGAGCUUACCAGCAUAGUUUUAUGGAAGUAUAAAAUAAGAAAUUGAAAUUGUAGCAACGAUUGGUAUAAAAUGCCUUAAAUUUUUUAUACUGUAUACUGUGUACUUUUCACAGAAUUUAAUUAGUAACAGUACAAUAGUAUACAAGUACAAAAAGCAAAGUUGAGUUUUAUAUAGAGAAUUCACACAUGAUAUUCUUGAUUACUUCAGACUACUGAGGUAAUUGCUAUUCGGUGAGCAAUAUGGAUAACACAAGCAACAAGGAAGAUCAACAUCAAGUAAAAGUGAAAGAAGAAAAGAUGGAGACCAUUGGCAAGAUAUAUGUGAAACAACCUCACGAGAUAUUAGACGAUCCUUUACUGAAAAGUACUGAAAAUGAUGAUGUACAACGUGCAAUCAAGGGCCUCAGGGAGAUACCAGAUGAAGAACUGAAAGAAUUCCUCGAUGACGAAGCCUUCAUGGCGGGUUUGGAUGUCGUAGAUGCAUGGGAAGGUGAUGAAGAUAAAAAUCGCGAGCAAGACAAAACAAAAUCUAUAGGACAAAAAAAGAAGCAGCAUCCUAGGGAACGCCAUCAUCCCGAGUCUAAAGGAUCUCAUAAACGUAAAAAGUCAAAGAAAGAAGAAAAACGUGAAGAGACCCGUCGGGAUCCUUUGAAAAGCACCAAGGACAUUGAAAGGGAUAAAAUCCGAACGAAGAGAGACACCGAAAGCAAGCUUCUUGCCGAAAAGGAAAAGGCGAUCAAACAUUUAUUGGACUCAGAUAAUGUAGUUCCACCUGGCACGGAAGUUGAAGCUAUCCAGAGUAUCGCAGAGGAACAGAAUAGAGAACGAGCGCAGCGCGAAGCACAACGGAAGGAGCAUCGUAGGAGCAAAUCAUCAGAACGGUAUGGCAGAUCAAGUCCGCUACGACGUAAAACUCCCGAUCGAUUUCGGCUGAGUCCCCAUCGACGAAAAAGUCCUCUCAGCCCGGAUCAUCGUAGGAGUCCUUAUAAAUCAAGUGCGGAAAGCCUAAGAAGUCCUUACGGGUAUAGUCCAGGCAGACGAAAAAAUUCACCGAGAUUUGAUCGAAGAAGUCCUAUAUUAAGUCCAGAUCGACGAAGAAGUCCUAGACGAUUUAGUGGGGAACGACGAUCCAGCGUAGAUAGACGAUGGAGUGCUGAGAGAUCUCGUAGGAAACGCGCUGAUUGGACGCAUGAACGCCGAAGAAGCCGAUCUCGCGAUCGAAGGAGCCGAUCUCACGAUCGAAGGAGCCGCAGCAUGGAACGUCUAAGAAGACGAUCGAGCCGUUCACCAGUAAGCAGACGAUACAGCCCCCGUCGCCGAAGUCGCACUCGCACACGUAGCAGAUCAUUGGAGAAGCGCAGCAGAAAGCGUUCACCCUUCAUCAACGAAUUGGCAAGAACCUUGAGAAACGAAGCGAGACUGCCAACUGGAGUAAACAGCGGAGGAUAUGUGCCACCCGCGACGAUGGAAGAAAUCGCACCACUGCUCAAUCCACCCACGUAUAAGCAAGAACCGGAACCUAGACCACCGCCACCACCGUCCGCACCACCUUCGUACGUGCAUCAACCAGGUUCGCUACCACCAGCACCGCCUUCGUCGUCUUCUAUGCUAGCACCAAUGCCAAGCGGAUCGCCGUUUAUAAACUUCGAACCUAUGCCGACUGUACCGCUAAUGAAUUUUGAACCCAUGCCUCCACCACAUACUCCAGCCCCAACCACUUAUUCCUCUGGUCCCAUUCUUUACAACCAGCCGAAUGCCCCUUCUGUUCAAGCACCUCCACCACCGGCGAUCUGUACACCAUUGCUUUCUGCACCACUACCCUCGCCGCAACCUGUACCUCCUCCAGCGAUGGAUCACGCGCAAAUAACGUACAAUCCAUCGUUUACCGUACCUUUUGUCCAACAAUCAUCGAUCCGUCAAUUUGAACCUCCAAACAAAUCUUUGAAUCAUUCAACUACGCCAUCCUCAUCGCAAAAUUACACAGAACGUGGACCAGCGGCAUCGUACAACGAAGCUUAUUCUCCGCGUCAGGAACGAAUGAAGACACCCGAACCACCGAUCAUCUCUAAACCAAAACAUUUCGAAAAAACCAGCUUAUCCAGUCUAUUGGAAGCAUCUGUUUCGGCCAAAGAUUCAUCUAAUAUACCGGUGUUAUAUCCAGGAUUCAAGCCUGAAAUAAUGCAACAUUGUGAACAAGCGUUGUGCCAACUUCCAAUUGAGGAUCCGCGUUUAAAGAUGAAAGGUAGAUUUUUCUACGAUCGCAGUGAAGAAAACGUAACGAAAGAUGAUUCCGAGGACCAUACGUCGAAUUCGAUACUUCUACAGAAAAGCAAAACCAAAAUAUUUUGGAAAGAAAGCAACGCGGAACAGCCAAUACCAGUUCCAAAAGCAACGAUUCAAAUGCAUCAGAAGAUCUGUCAGACAGAUGAUGUGGAAACAGAAACGAAGAGUGUGCAAGUAUAUGUCAGUACGGCCGAUUUCGAGUCACAAGUCUAUCCACACGAUCUUCAACAAAUAAAAGAAGAGAAACGACCAAUAAUGGAUCGUCUUGAUUGGAGUGCACGAGAUACAUACGAAUAUGGAUCCAAGUUUCGCGAAGUAGAGGAUCUGAGAUGGAGUCUAAAUAACUCGUCGCAGAGACGUACUUGGAACAAGCAGUCUCCUUCUAGAAGAUCCGAGGAUCGCGAGCAUUUAGAUUCUAUGGAUCAUGAAUCUAGAAACGUAAGACUGAAUUCUCCUGUUAGAAGUAGAGAUGAUUUUUCCACUCACUCUAGUGUGCGUGAUCACUAUAGUCGCGAGAAAUAUUCACCGGAAUAUCAUAGACGUUCUAUGGAGCGUGACGAUUAUCAUGACAGAAGAAGCGAACAUAGUCGUGGCGAAAGCCCAAUGGAAUUAGAAGAAUCUGAAGAUGAGGAACUAAUGACCGGCCAUACAUUCCAAAAAGGAUCUGAUUGGCAUGGAAAAGAAGUUUUAAAGGGUAAAAGUCACAUUUUGCGAGGAAAACAUACAGGAGGAAAAUCGUAUCGGAGUCACGGAAAUUUUCGAGGCAAUUUUAAAACUAUGUAUAUAUAUAUAUAUAUAAAAUAUUGUUCCAAUAAUAAACCCCUUCGUUAAC